CUCUUUCGUUCCGAAUCGGUUAAGGAAGUAAGGAACUGCUACUAAUAUUACGUCAUGUCGACACGGGGUGGACGGCUUUUGAACCAAGCAAUGGAGACGACGAGGACUGUUCAACACUCGCUUCUACGUUUUCCUUCCGAUAUCAGUAACCGGUUUACGACCAAGUGCCACGUGGGUAUUGGAGAUUUCAAAGUUUCAGAGAGACCCAGAAAACUUUUGGCACGAUUGAAUACUCAGUUUUCUGAUUCUGAACAUCAACAGUACUAUGUGUCGCCGAUCAAACAAUUCAAGAAGAAAGAGAAGGAAAACAAUUCUGAAAUUAAGCUAGUCAAGAAGAAAUUGAAGUUUAUAAAAAAAAUGUCAAAAGACUUGUCCUUGUUUUCGCUUGAGACCUCCGGCAUUGAGAAUGGAAAUAGUUUGGUGAAUGAAGAAAAGAUUUCGGGAGCGGUAGAGGUUCUGCAAGCACAGGUGCAACAAUUGAGAACAGAGCAAAAGGAAUUGAAGAGAACGAUGAAAGAGAAGAAAGCCCAAAUUAAGAAUACCUUGAGACAAAAAAAAGGAAAGCAAAAAUCUGAGUCAUCAUCUAGCUCAUCAUCGAGUUCAUCAUCCGAGUCCAGCGGCAGUGAAAAUGGAGAGGUUAUUGACAUGAUCCGCUUGAGAAGUAAUGUUCUCGAACAAUCAAAAAACAGUGAAGCAGAACAAAAGAUAAAAGUAGCAACGUCAGGUACACGUGCCUCACUGGUUCAACAAGAGAAAUCAGAGGAAACGCUGGGAAUUGGAGAUAUGAGUUCUCAAAAUUAUAGAAGUGGGGGUGAAUGCAGCAGCUCUAAUGGCUGCAAUAAGGAGCAAACAGAAAGCAUUGCAGAGGGAACAUCGGCCAAGAAAAUAGAGAUUUGUAUGGGUGGCAAAUGCAAAAAGUUAGGAGCUGAGGCUUUGUUGCAAGAAUUUGGAGGUAAGCUUGGCGCAGAGUUUGCUGUGUCCGGGUGCAAAUGCAUGGGAAAAUGCAAGGAUGGUCCUAAUCUAAGAGUUGUAGAUACUCCCAAUGGAGAUCAAGCUACGAGGAUGCUUAUACCUUCAAUCAAUUCUUUAUGCAUUGGCGUUGGUUUGGAAGAUGUGGACAUUAUUCUUGCAGAUAUUCUGGGCAAAGACAAGAGUAACAAGUAUGGGAUGGCUCUUUCUUGACAAUACCUUUUCACUGAAUCGGAGCUGUUCAUAUAAGCUUUCAGAAUAGUUUUACUGUCUCCGGAUUGUUGAUGUAUAAUGCUUCUAACAUUCAAAUUUUGUCCUUUGCAUAAGAAGAAUUCACUAUUUUGAUUUUUUUUAAAAUUUUUUAGUUGGCCAAAAAUGUCAACUCUGAGUUGAAUGCUCUUUGUACAUUUAGAUUUAGUAAUACAAUAUUAAAUUC